AUCCUUCGAUCGAGCUUUUCUGUUUCAAAAUUUCUCAAUGGCGACCGUUCCUGGCUCCGGCCGGGCGACUGAGGCUCGAUCCGGAGGGAAAAUAGUGACGAAUCGCCGGCGGAAGCUCACAACCGCCACCCCCUACGACCGUCCACCUCAGCCUGCACCUCAGGAAAGCCCUAAUUGGCUGACUGGCGUAAUUUUCCCUGCUACACGCAAGAUUGCAUCAGGUGCUGCUAAAAUUUUGUCUACCGUCUUCGAUUCGUCGUCGUCUUCGUCGUCCUCUUCUUCCGACAGCGAGGCUGCUAGCGAUGAUGAUGCUAAUCAAUCAAACAAGGAUCGUGAAAUUCCAUCGGAAGCACUUGAAUGUGUUGAUAAGGAGCCUCAACUAAGUUUGUAUAGCACUGUGACAAAGAGUGCAAUUGAGCGACUGCUCAUGCAGGAGAGUUUUUCUAGGGAAGAGCGUGAUAGACUUGUACAAAUUAUUGACUCUCGUGUCAUGAUGGGAGGGGAAGAGAAUGUUCUACCUACUGGUGUGCCUGUUGGAACAGUUGGCAACGAUACUGCUGAUCUAUGCACUAAAGCUGUUGCAGAAGCGAGGAAAUGGCUAGAGGAGAAGAGAGUGGAAUCAAGUCCGCUGUCAGACUUGGCUCACGAGUCUCAUGGUUUAAGCCAUAUCAAACUUCAACGUAGUGAAAAUGAAGCGGGCUCUCCUAUUGAUGUGGCCAAAUCGUACAUGAAGUCUCGUCCUCCAUGGGCCUCUCCGCUUGCAGAACAUAUUGAACUGCGAACAGCAUCAGCAAUCCCAUCAGAAAUGACAAGAGAGCUUUUCGGGGAAAAAACACCAGCUUCAUGUGGUGGCGGCUCUUUGUCUUCGUCCAAGAAAAGGAAUUUUGCAUCUUGUUCAUGGAAUAUUGAGGAGGAAAUACGAAGAGUACGAUCAAAGGCUUCAGAGGAUAUGCUAAAUUCCCUCUCUUCCUCAAAAAUUGAUCUGUCACCACUUGCAACUACGCUUAAACCCCGCCAGGACUCUUUAAUAGCUGAUGUACCAAAUAGCAGAGGAGAUUUGGGAAACAAAUUGAACAUUGUGACUGGUACUUCAUCUGCUGAUGCAUCGGUACAUUUGGCUGCAGGGUUGAACACUUCUAUUGGAAUUUCAGCUUUGGAGACAAGACAAGAUGACUUAGCAAAUGAAAGUUUGACGCCCCAUCGAGCUGCUAUUGUUUCAGAAGAAUACCAGGACUUGGAAGCUUUCAAGAUUACUGAUGAAUGUCCUGGUUCAAAGUCCAAUCACGUUACUCUGGAUCUUGCCACAGAGCACCUUGAUGAGCCAAGAUCAAGUCAGACAAAAGUUUCUCCAGCAGGAGUGAGAGAAUUUGAUGAAAUAGGAAAUGACAAUGGUCUUCAUACUUCGCAAGAAAGGGGUUUGUCUUUAGAAGUGGGAACCAGAGAAAUUGAUGGGCAAGCUCCUGAUGGAAACGAAAAUGCAGAUGGAAAUGAUUUGGGUACUACUAGUAGCAUUCCCCUUGAAGAUGCGUGUGAACUUAUAAGUGAAGCCUCCGUUGAAGUCCCAAUUGUGGAUGAAACGAAUGGUUUUGGGAAUGUAUCACAAACAAGUCCCGUUGUGCAUUAUGAGUUGUCGCAAGAGCCAACUCAACCUUACAUAGAUAAGGUAGCCCAGAAGGCUGAUGGCAAGGCGGUCAAAAAAGAAGCUAAGAAACCAGGUAAAUACAACCGGAGAGGCCGGGGAAGGGGUAAAUAGUGUUUCUCUUCAGGCAUUGCUGCUUGAGUUGUACACUAGCCUAAAUUUAGGUAUUCCACUUAGGUCUGUUGUAGAAUCAAGGGUGCUAAUGUUAGGCAGAAAGAAGUGUACUAUUUAGUGUUUAAGCAAUUGCAGGUUCAGUGUUGUAUUAGUCAUAUUUAUUUUGAUUUAAAUAUGGGAAAAUUUAUUUUGAUUUAAA